CUGCCUCUUGCAACAAACAGACUGUAUCACAGGAGAACCUCGCUGUCUCGGAAGUCUGUUUUCUUUCUCGGAGAUAUACUAAAUACUCAGAAUUUGGUGUGGACAAGAGUCAUUCUAAUUUUGGAUUUAAACACAACUGGCGCUUUGGAGAUUGAACCAUGAUUCAAGGUGCUUCUGAGCUAGCUGCAAUAUGCGUGGGCCUGGUUGGUUUGAUCGGCGCGUCGGCUGCCACGGGGUUGCCUAUGUGGAAGGUGACCGCAUUCAUCGGAGAAAACAUAAUUGUGAUGGAAACCCGAUGGGAAGGCUUGUGGAUGAACUGCUACAGACAAGCCAACAUCAGGAUGCAGUGUAAGGUUUAUGACUCCCUGCUGUAUCUGCCCCCUGAAUUACAGGCUGCCAGGGGUCUGAUGUGCACUGCUACGGCCUUUUCAGCACUAGGGCUGCUUGUUGCUCUGGCGGGGAUGCGAUGCGUGUCCUGUAUUCAGGGUAAUGAUAGAGCUAAGACCAUUAUAUUGAUGGUUGCAGGGGUUAUGCAGUUCAUGGCCUGCAUCUGCGUCUUUAUCCCUGUGUCGUGGACAGGUCAUGCCAUCAUUAGCGAUUUUUACAAUCCUUUGCUGAUUAAUGCCCAGAGAAGGGAGCUCGGAGAGGCCCUUUACAUCGGAUGGGUAACAGGUGCUGUGCUUUUCGCCUCAUCUAUGUUGUUUGUCUGCCGCCGUAUACCCAAAGAAAAAAGCUCGUUUAAUGUGCACCAGCCACCAAACUUCCAAAAUUAUAAGCCAACACCCAACAACCCAGCUCCGGUGGAUUAUCAUCCCCUCUCCACUCUUUCCAGCUUUCAGUCGAUUUCCUCUGUUGGACAAAAUGCUGCAGUGCCACUGCAAAAUGUCACUCCAAUGAAGGCAAAUAAUGGAGUAGUUGUCAACCCUGUCGUUUAUAACCUGGCUCCCCAAGAAAAUGCAGCACUGUUAUAUCAAGGCAGCAUGGCUCACUCCUCCUCAGUGCGGAGCUCUAACCAUGGCGGCAGCUUGUAUACUCUGGGGAACUCCUUAUACAUCAGCCAAAACGCCACACCAUGCUCACUCAUUCCUGCCCCCACCGCAUCCUACCAGUCCAGCUUCCAUCCAGUUCGACAAAAUCCUUUUCUCAUAGCAUAUGAAGAACCGAGAGUUCAACCAUUGCCUCACUGUGGGACAAGAGGUAGUGUAUACAUAUAAGGAAGUUUUUGUAGAUAGAAGUACAAGGCCUUCAUACUCUUCUCGACAACAAGGACAAAACCGCUGUUAUUAGUGUAAAUAAAAAUUAAUCUUUGUAUGGGGUUAU